AUGGCUACAAAUGCGACAUCUCAAGGUCCUUGUGCUGCUGAAACACCCAAAUCAAGCAGUGAAAUGUCACCUCAGCAGCAACAACAACAACAUCAAACGGCCACACCAACGCUGAACAAUUUACUCCGAACAGAAGGUGCUGUUACUCCUGGGACACCCGUGUACAAUAUGAUACCACAAGGCCCACAGCCUCAGAAUGUGCAGCAGCAAAUGCAAAUACCACCACAUAUUCAACAUAUGCUGGUUCCACCGCAACCUAACUUUUCAUCUUCGCAACCGUCAUCACUUGCGAACGGUAGCUAUAGUAGUCCAGGUUCGGUCGUUCUUCAAAAGGGAAAUGUGAAGGGGAAGGCCGGAAGACCGGAUUCGCGUGAUGUUGUGUUUUCACCGGCUGCUGGUCAAAGCGGACCACCACCACAAAUACCACUGCAUAUGCAGAAUUCGCCAGUUGGUACUGCAUUACCCGGCUCUGUCCGAAUGGAAGUACCAUCAUCUAGUUCAACACUGGGGCCUCAACAAAUGCAGCAACAGGUGCCUAAUCAACAGAGUAUGGGUCAGGUGCCACCUUCCGCAUAUUCGCCUGCUGUGUACCCAUCUUAUUGGCCGCCACAGCAAAUGCGCUACAUGCAACCAGGAAAUGUUCAUCCAGGCCAUUAUUAUCCAGUACAAAAUCAAGGUCCCAUGCCACCAUCAGGUAAUUUAGCCUUUACUGGAUAUGGUAUGCCACAGGGAGCACGUCAAAUGAUACCAGCAAAUUCAGCUAAAAUGCAGCAGUCAUCACAAAUGGAAAUCCCACGCAUGCCGAAUGGGCCGGUACCAUCUGAUUGGCAGUCCAGAAUGAAUAUUUCAAAAUCUCUUCCGGAAGCAGUACAACAGACUGUUUCUGGACAGCAGUCCUUGACCCCGUCUUCUGGAAUGCCAGCACCGAGUCCAGGUGGCGCGUCUUCAGCCGCGGAUGAAUCUUUAGAGGAUUCUAAAUCUUUACCUGGUGCUUCGCCGAAUCCAUGGCCUCAUACACCGUCACAGAUGAGCCAAGGACAUAGAACCCCGGUGCCUGCAAACCGACCAAAUACACCCACAGUGAAUAAGCGGCAAGAUUCAACGUCGAUUAUUGAUAGAUUAGUGGGGCCUGUAACUGCAAUGAACCCGCAACAUAUAAUGCCUGAAAGGAGAGCUUUCUUCGAGAAAUUAGUCCAAUUCUGUGAACAACAAGGCGAACCAAUCACGCAGGUUCCACAGGUUUCAAAACAAACGGUUGAUUUGCAUCGUCUUUAUUUAGCUGUAAUGAAACGUGGUGGUUUUGAACAGGUAACACGUGAUAAGACAUGGAAACAGGUUUGUACAGAAGCAAAUUCGGAGAUGUCCGAAUCGUCUGCAGCUGGCUACCAGUUGAGGCGGCAUUACCAAAAAUAUUUGCUAGGAUUGGAAUGUUUGGAAACGGGCAAGAAUGCCAGUGAGGUAGUUGCAUUUGCAGAACGGCUGAAAAAACGUCGAAAAGACAACAAGGACCAUAAUGCGCAGCAAUAUCCAGGGCCUGGCCAGCCAGGUCCGGCAGGAUAUGGUCAUUUGGGAGAUCCGAAUGCAGCUUACUUUUAUGGCAGUGUGGAUCCAACCAUGCAAGGACGGCUGCAAGGCCCGGUUGGUUGGCAACCUCAAGGUUAUCCACCUGGACCUGCAGGCCCACCUGGUGCUCCCAUGUAUCAUCCUGGAAUGCGACCUAGUGCUCCAAUGCGACCUCCUUUGCCACCUCAAAUGAUACAGCAAGGUCCAGUAAUAGAUGAGCAACAGAGGUACGAAGAACAACAGCGGCAGCAUUAUUUUCACCAACAACAAGCAGCAGCAUAUGCUGUUCAGCAACAGUUACCGCGUACAACGACUCCGUCUACCUUACAAGUUGACAAUCAGCAGGGUCAAGGUUCGCAGAGUCGAGCACCAAGUACAGGCCCACCACUGGCUUCGACUCCAGAUAGUAAUAGUAGGCAAUCAACUGAAGAUAAUAUGCCUUUGCGACCACCAAGUCAUCCACAACAAAUACCAAAUGCGACGACCUCUUGUAAUAUCCCUCCAUCUGUACCCUCACAACAGCAGUCUUCUGCAGUACCGUAUUAUGGACAACCUCACGCACCUCAAAUGUAUGGUGCAGCAAACUUGCGUCCAGGAGCGGGGCCUCCUGGAACACUGUCAAUGAAAACCGGUAGUUAUCAUCAAACUUAUCCACCGUCUCAACCCGGAUAUUCUGCUCACAAUUAUCAGGAAGGUUACCAAGCAAUGCAUCCUGGCGUAGCAACUCAAAUGUACCAGCAGCAGAUAUGGAAUUCCCAACAAAUGCAGAGGUAUUCAGGACCGCAUGCAAAUAUACCCACUUCAUCCUCUAUGGGAAACGCCCAAAUGGGUGCUGCAAUGGUACCACGGGUUUCCGGAACUCUACCUCCUGAGAUGCAACAGCACUACGCUGCAAGACGGCCUCCUUUUUGCUUGCAGACACCUGGACCAGCCAUAGCUCCUGCUGUUCCAGGAACAACCAAUCGAUUAAGGUAUUCGACUCCGUCAUCUAAUUCGACAACACAUCAGCAGUUGCAGCCACAAUAUCCAUCGCAUUCCAUGGUGCAGGGGGGUCGCGUAGUUGGUGCAUCGUCGAAUCCCUUUCCGCAUAUAGGGCCAUCGACAUCAACAAAUUUCACAGGAAUGCAUAGUACUACUGGAUCAUUGGGACAGUCGUCAGCGUCAGCUAUAAAUGUUGUUCCCAGUGGUAUGCCUGCGUCUAAUGCUAGUUCAGCUCCGGGUACUGUGGGUACAAUCAUACAUCCUUCAUUUGCCCAGUUCACUCAACCUCAGCCUAUGCAAUUUCCGUCAGGCAGUGUUGAAGCAACAACAAUCAGUCAACGAAGGAGACGGAAAUUGGUGAUGAAAGAUUUGAUGCGAGUGAGUACGAAACGUAUAACGAUGGCUUUACGCAGCGGUUUAGAAACGGAAGCAACAUGGGCACUGAAUGCAUUGAAUGUUAUGCUGUACGACGAUUACGCUCCUCCUACAAUGUUGAAUCAUACUCCUGGACUUUUGAACGUACUGGUCGAGCAUUUCAGGGCAUUGUUGUCUCUUCUUUAUCCGAAAGUGUUUGAGGUAGGCGCAGAAUCGAAAGUACGAACAACGGAUGAUGAAUAUAGUGAGUUUUGGAUACAGUCUUCAAAAUUGGAACAUACAGCAGCAUCUUCAUUGGUUGCUUCACGUAGCUUAAAAAAUGAACCGACGAAUUUCACAAAGGUAUCACGUACAGGUCGAACAGUACAUAUUGAAAAAAAGGAACUACCUGAACGUUUGAAACGAGCGAGACCAAGUGGAUGGUCAUGUGACAUCGCGGAUGAGACUCUUUCAUUGAAUUACCACGAGUCGCGAAUGUUGAGUGGAUUGGGAGGCGAAACAUCUUCCUAUCUAGCAGCUCGACUGAUUACUGAUAUCGAAUUCAGGAAACAGUUUAAAAAACCAAGGUUUUUUGUGAAAGAAAUGAAUGGAAUAUCGAAAUUGAUUGAAGCUGACAUUGAUGAAGUGGCGUAUUAUAGUAAAAUUGAUAAGUCAAUGCGAAUCAUUCCGUCGGAUUUGGAAAAAUUUAGCGAUGAAGAUGAAUACAAAAAUGUAGUAGAGUUAAAAACUAUACGACCAACGGCACUUUGCGUUCGUGAUGAAUCGCGAUUACAGCUUGUGAGGCGUUGCUUGGCAGUUUCGAAUGUUUUGCGUGGCUUGUCUUUUCUUCCUGGUAAUGAAGGACCAAUGGCUAAACAUGCAGGACUUCUGUACAUCAUUGGGAGAUUGUUACGACUUUAUACAGACGAAAGAACGCUGAAAUUACCAGGGUCACUUGCGAAGCAGUUGUCAAAGAAUGAGGAAAUCCAACCUGUUCUAGCUGUUGGCAUGCUUUCGGAAGCAAACCGUCGUUUGAUGGAGCCCGGAGAUUUACUAGAAUCGGAUGAUGAUAAUGCUUUAUUACUGUUUGAAACAGCUUGUCAGUUACGAGAAGAUGCAUUUGUUACGCUUGUGCAUAUUAGUGUUCAGCUGGAUUUGAUUGAUUUUGAGUCAGAUGUUGCUUGGCCAUUAUUUGAUGCACUUAUUCAUUGGUGUGUAAGUAAGUGUGCUGAAGCGAAAGACCCGCUGAUUUCGGCUGGUGUAUCGCCAAGAAACUAUGCUUUGGAAGCCUUGUGCAAGCUGUCAGUAAUUGAACACAAUGUUGAUCUUCUGCUUUCUACGGGUCCAUGGUCACGCUUAGAAAGUUUUAUCAAAAUGUUGGUGGGAUUGCUUGCUUUGAAUGAAGAAAUACCAAGCAGAGAAUUUGCGAUUGUUAUACUUUGUGCACUGUGCACUAUUUCCGAACCAACAUGUUAUGUUGUGGCGGCCGAAUCCCCAGCUGUACAUUAUUUGGUGGCAUUCCUUGAGAUGGGCGAUGCAAAUAUGCAUCAGAUAGCUCAGCAACAUGGAAUUCAGGCGCUUCGAGAUAAUCCGGAAAUGAUGGGUACUUCGGUCCCGAUGUUAAGAAGAGCAGCUUCUAUUCUCCAACAGCUCUGUAAAGUGCCAGCUUGCCGACAACAUCUCAUUCGCCAUCAACAAAGGUUACUGCAGUUCACAAUGUCACAUCUGAUGGAUUCACGAGUAGGACAGACCAUCACGAAUGUCCUGUACGCAAUGCAGCACUUUUCGGAUAAAGAGAGGGGGAGGAUUGAGAAAGGCGAUGAAUCAGAUGAAGAGGGAUUCCAACGAAAAGAGAAUAAAUUAAGUGUAAGGACGAAUGGUGAUGUGAAAUCUUUGAAAAAUGAACUGGAAUCAAGAGAUUUCCCUGAAAGUAACUCCAUGAAACACAACGGUCUUCCGAAGGUAUUAGUGGAAAACGCUGAUGGUCAUGGAGAUUAUACGAAGCAAACGAAGGAUGAUGUAUCGCCACGAGCAGCAAAAAAGCAGAAACUGGAAAAUGGUCUUCUGACUUAUUUACCAAGCAACAAGGGUAAUAUUACCAGUACUUCAGCACCAAAUUCUCUAAAACCUUUGGUAAAUGGCGAUGUGAAAGCUGCUGUAACAUCUAUCCAAGCUGUUUCCAGAAGUACGCCGGCAACACCAGCCGGUUCGGUACAAGCAGUUGCGUAA